AUUUUAAAUUGAUUUUCAAACUUGUUAAAUAAAAAGAUGGUGAAGUAGAUUGUUUCCUUAGAAUCCUAACAAAGAGUGAACAUGGAAAUGUUUGGUUUGGAUAUUAUGGACAAAACAGUCCUUCAAAAAAUUGUUCUUGUUUUAGUUUGUACUUUUUUGUUUUGGAAGAUCAUUAGAUACAUGAGUGAUCUUCUCAAAGUUGAGAAAGAACCGGUCACCGUAUUGGUCACUGGUGCUGCAGGACAAAUUGGUUAUGCACUUGUUCCAAUGAUAGCAAGAGGGAUGAUGUUAGGCCCAAAUCAACCUGUAAUUUUGCAUAUGCUUGAUAUUGAACCAGCAUUAGAGGCACUUAAAGGGGUGAAGAUGGAGCUAAUUGAUGCUGCUUUCCCACUUCUUAGAGGUGUUGUUGCUACUACGGAUGUUGUUGAAGCUUGUAAGGAUGUUAACAUUGCUGUUAUGGUUGGUGGAUUCCCACGGAAGGAAGGAAUGGAAAGAAAAGAUGUAAUGUCUAAGAAUGUUUCAAUUUACAAGACUCAAGCUUCAGCUUUGGAAGAGCAUGCUGCUGCAGAUUGUAAAGUGCUAGUGAUUGCCAAUCCAGCAAACACAAAUGCUCUAAUAUUGAAAGAAUUUGCUCCAUCAAUCCCUGAGAAAAACAUCACAUGUCUAACUAGACUUGAUCAUAAUAGAGCAUUAGGCCAAAUCUCAGAGAAGCUAAAUGUUGAUGUUAGUGAUGUGAAAAAUGUUAUCAUUUGGGGAAAUCACUCCUCAACUCAAUAUCCAGACGUCAACCAUGCAACCGUGGCAACAAGUAAUGGGAAGAAGCAUGUCAGAGAAUUAGUUGCUGAUGAUAAUUGGCUAAACAGUGAGUUCAUCACAACUGUUCAGCAGCGUGGGGGUGCCAUUAUCAAAGCAAGGAAGCUGUCUAGUGCAUUAUCAGCAGCAAGUGCUGCUUGUGAUCAUAUUCAUGAUUGGGUUCUAGGUACACCUAAGGGAACAUGGGUAUCAAUGGGAGUGUAUUCUGAUGGAUCUUAUGGUAUACAACCAGGCCUCAUUUACUCUUUUCCUGUUACAUGUGACAAAGGAGAAUGGAAUAUUGUACAAGGGCUGAAGAUUGAUGAAUUCUCAAGGGAAAAGAUGGAUAAAACAGCCCAAGAGCUCAUUGAGGAGAAAGCAUUGGCUAACUCGUGCCUUUAAUUUCACAAAAUUAUAUUUGGUUUUUGGAAACAAAACUGAAAACUUUCCUGCAUCUAAGUAUAUUAUUAAUAGUGUGUAAAAAAAAAAAACUAACUAAUAAAGUAGUACUACUACUAAUAAUUAUUAUUGUUAUGGAUCAUCAAAUGAAGAUGAAUUAGUUUGGGUCGGAUAUUUGUUCUAAUCGAUUUGUUAUCUUAGAAGGUAGUUAGUUUUAUUUUGCACACUCUAGUUUGGGAGGGAGGGCUUCCCUUAUUCUAAUGGUAACAUAAAACUAUCUAGCCUAAAAUCAGAUGAGAUUUAUUACUCUGAUUGUUACAAAGGAGAUGAAAUUCUUUUAUUCACAAAAAAAAAAAA